UCUUGUUUUGUUUGUGUUUUGGGCAUUUGGGGUACCUAUUACCUACCUAUUUACUUCUCAAUUGGUUUUCUUGAAUGGAAAUAAAUAUAUAUUUCCUUGAAAAAGAACAAUGUUGUGAUAUUACUGUAUGAACUAGUGCAUUGUCAAAUUCAUAGGAAGAAGAUAAACCCAAUUAUUACGCCUUUUCCCGGAGGGUUAUGUGGACACCUCCAAUUUUCACAAGCUUUGAACCUACAGCUAUUAGAAUAUCUAAUGGCCAAUAAGAAUCUGCAAUAGGAGUUUAAGACAAAGAUUCAGAGAUCUAGUUAAUUUUAUUAGUGAAAAGUUUUAUAUACAAAGUUUUGCAUUUUUACUGAGACAAUGGUAGAGGCAAGUAAACUUUGGUUUGAGAAAGCGUGCAGCACUCGUUCAUGUCGGGAGAUCAUCCACCCGUGGACCACUAGUUGCACUGAUGCAACUGCGACCAUGUUGAUGAGUUGCAUUAAAGGCAGCUACAAAUUUUAUGCUAUGGUUUAUCUUAUUCAGAUUCUGAUGCGAGGCAAGAAGCUGGGCAAAAAGGAGAUGAUAGAACAGUUCAAGUUGUAUCUGAAGUCUGGCAUCUUUGGUCUUACAGUUGGAAGUUCUUUUGUUACUUUGAAUUGUUUAUUUAGGAAACUGUUCUUUAGUCAAUUCACAUACUACUCUACAGUACUGCUUCCAUGCACAUUAAGUGGGCUUGCGGUCUAUUGGGAACCACCAUACAGACGGAUACUUGUCGUGAACUUGUUUGUCAAUCUGGUCUUCGAAUAUUGGAUGCGCACAUUAGAAAUGAAAGGAUGGCUGCGGCGGUCUCCAGGCAAAGAGACACUCAUAUUUAUGUUUGGGAGUGCUAUCUUCUUUUAUCUUAUGCGACGUGACAGGGAGAGCAAUAGUCGGACGCCUAUUUUUUGGUUUUUCAACCCGCCUCGUGUGUCAAAAGAAACCGGCGAACCAGUAAAGGGGUUUGAGGGCAGAAGUCCAGCUUGCCCACACAAAGGGCCCUGCAUGAAUUACAUUUUAAAGGGCACGGCUCAGCUGUUCGGCGUUGGGUGCGCAAUGACGAUGCUCCGCACAUUAAUACCGAAGCUACUGACGCCUGCCAAAGCGUUUAAGUCCUUGAGACUGUCACAUUUGAAACUGGGCCUGUUCUUCGGUGGUUAUAUUGGCAUUUACAGGUUGGUGGUAUGCCUUCUAUGUCGGUCUAGCGGGCGAGACAGCGCGCUGUACGCGUUGCCCGCGGGUUUCCUCGCCGGCGCGGCGUUCAGGGCUUCGCCUUCCACGCCCAUAGCGUUGGCGCCUUGGACGUCAACACUUCAGAUCCUCGGGUCAUGGGCCCACCAGCGCAAUAUGAUACCCGAGCACUGGCCGCUGGUGGAGCUGCUGUACUGCCUCUGCCAGGGGCUGCUGUUCCACGCGCGCGUGAUGCACGAGGAUGUGUGCCCGCGGUAUAUCAUCAACCUGAUGCACACUGUCACCUCUAACAAAGCCGACGAAAUCCAGGCUGGCUUCAUCCAAAGAAUCCUUAGGACGAUGUAAAAGAUACGUAUACGUUUGUACAAAAACAUGCCAUUACAAUAGUUAUCAGGAUUAUUAUGACAAAUUUUAUGGGCAUAUUUGAUAUCUAUAGAAUAACGAAAUGAUAGCAACAAAUCAAGUUAUUUAUAUUCUGUACAAAUUCAGUGCAAAUAUUUAAAAGGUUAAUUCAGUCAAUGAUACGAAUUUAUGAACAAUUUUUUCAAAUAGAAAAGAUUAAAUGUUCAUCUUCCCAUUUCUAUGGGAUAUAUGCUAUUGUUAUUAUAUGCUUAUAUGUAAAAUAGUCGUGUCAUAAUGUACGUUCCCGUACUCCUCCGAAACGGCUUGACCGAUUCUCAUGAAAUUUUGUGAGCAUACUGAGUAGGUCUGAGGAUCGGCCAACAUCUAUUUUUCAUACCCCAUAGUGAUAAGGGUUUUCGACCCUUAACAUUUUUUAACUAGAAAUAACCUAAAAAUUAUUUAUAUGGCAAAACAACGUUUGCCGACACAGCUAGUAUGCUUAUACGAUUGUAAUGUGCUCGAUUGAAUGAGUAAAAAACGGGUUUUUCCAAUUUCACGGCAUAUUAUUAGAGGAGGCUGGUUGAUUGCUGAAAACGCCCUAAAAAUAUAUUUCUCCCUCAUCAUAGCCUAUGUACUUAUGAUAGUAUUUUUUUUUAAUCCAUUACAAACAUAUGAAGGUAAACCGAACGAAUCUAUCUUUUUUUUUGCAAAACAUGUAUUUAUUUUCUUGUUAAAAGAUUGAACAAACAUUAUAAGUAUUAUUAUACUCGAAUAUUUUUGCCGUCGCAAUUACUGUCAAUUAUGUUGUUUUUGCGACAAUUUGCGUGAUUUUAUAUUUUAUUUAAAGCGUGGUACAGGGUUAUUAUUUUAAUGGUAAAGUUUAUUAGAAUUUAAUUUAGAUUAAUAUACAAGUUACUUUAAAAGACAAAUGUUUAUUAGUAUCUAUUAUUUAUUAUAUACUCAUAUAGUAUUCUUUCAAUAGUAUUCAAUUCUUCUCGAGUCUCAAUAGAAAAAUUAAAAUUUGGUUUAGGCAAAUAGUUUUAAGGUCGAAGCUUACUUGUAUGAUACAUACAUAAACUCACGCCUCUUUCCCGGAGGGGUAGGCAGAGACUACCUCAAUACCUACUUGUAUGAUACCAUUCUUUAAAACAGUUACUUUAAUUUCAGUUAAGUUUUCUUUACGAGUAGAUUUUGAUUUGUAACACCUUUCCUCUUACAUGUUUAUAAAAUAAUGGAAAAUUAAAAAAAAAACCUAUGUAAGAAUAUAAACAACUAAUUUGUAUUUGAAUGUUAUCGUCCAACUGAGUUAAGACCUUAACAUUUCUCAAAGAUAUCAGUAUUUUUUUUUUACUUAAUUUUCAGGCUGCAAAGUGACACCUCGAAAUAUUUUUAAUAUUAUAAAGUUUAUGACUUAAGCUUGUGACGUUCCAUGUAUGGGUGCUUAUAUUUUUUUGUAUUCACUAUUUUGUUAUAAGACAUAUCUACAAAUACUCUCGUGAUGACACCUAGUAUUUUUUUUUUCUUCGCAUAUACAAAUAUAAGGUAUAGAGAAAUCACACAAUACAGAAAAAAAUAUUUUUAUAUCUUGAAAAACCAUAUCCUGAGAGUGUACUGUAUUAUACUUCACGCGCAUCGCAUGUUUAUUGUAAUACAUACUUGAUAUUACCCAUUUUUCCCAUAAGGGUAGGCAUAACUCCAUAGAUUUCCACUUGCUAAGCUCUAAUUGGUUAUAUUGAAAUAAGGAUUUGAAUAAUGUGAUAAAAAUGCAUACAAAUACUAGUACAAAUAAAUUGCACCAAUUAAGCAAAUGCGCCUUAUAUUGCAUCAAUAAAUACUGACUAGGGUUACAUCGAAUUACUCAUAAGCUAUUAAAUAGAUUUAAAAAGGUAAGCUACCAAAUGUUACCUCUUUUUCUCAGUGAAGUGAAUAAAUUUUAAGAUAUAUGCGCGUAUUCCACAAAGGUUUUAGUUGAAAGAGAGAAGAAAGUUUCUAAAUGCGAGAACUACUAAAAUUACCCAAUAUAUAUCAAAAGAAUUAGUAUUUCUUUAAAUCACUGGUUGUUUUUACCCAAUUAUAUUGGUGAUAAAAAAAAAAACAAAGAUUUCGAAUAACGCUUAAGCAAUUCAUCAGAUUCUCGCUAUUUUACAUAGCAAUAAUAAGAGAAGGUAUAGAUCGAAAGUAUUCAAUUUUUAUUUAUUUAACAUAGCAAUUUACGUAUUAUAUUUAUAGGAUAUUAUCGUUUUUUUGCAAACCACAUUGCAAUAUUUAUUUAAAUUGUAAUAUUAGAUAUGGUAAAGGUUAGUUGAUGUACGAGUAGGUAGAUAGCUUUACGGAGACUCUAAAUAUUUGCAAUAUACCUUUGCAUUUAUUAAAUAAAGAUGUAGAUGAAAAUACUGUUUUAAUAUAUUAUUAUCUGUAUCAAAUAAAAAUAAUUGUCGAUUAAAAACUAAAAGGUAUCAUAUAUAAGGCGAAGAAGCCAUUUUUGGCAAAGUUACCCCAGUGGCGACCUCUGUGUCACUUUUAAAAGGAAAAAACAUUAGCAUUACAAUAUGUUUUUGAAGUAACCUCAAUUGUUAACAAAUAGCAACAGUACUUUUUUAAGGUUAAAAUUAAAUGAUAAUUGUAAACGAGGGCGCCACUGGAGUUAUUAUUGCUCGAACGAGACAAUAAAUUUAAGAUCGGAGUAAAGUUGUAUGCAGACGGGAAUUAAAACAGGAUUUUUAUCUUUUCAUAAACAAAUAGAAAUCGCAUUACAGUCGCAUUGUAGCAAUUGAUUACUAUUUAAUGAAGGAUUGUAUGAAGUCCUAUACUAUUCAUACUUUUAUAUUAUUAUGAUGAUAUAAAAGAUAACACACACAUGCUUGUAAGUUGACACAUAUGC